AGGGUCCACUUUUUCCCACCUCGUUCGAGGUUUUCGCCCACCUUGGCUGAGUUAUCCCUCGGGCGUGCCGCCUGCUCCAAUCAAAGGGCUUGGCAACUGUCGUUGCAGCCGGGAUGAGGACCCAUAAAGUGGACGCCUGGAUAACCUCCAAGACCAGAGCCACGGCUGGCCGGUGCAGAAGGCGACUGACGUGCCCCUUUUUCUCCAGGGCAGUGUCGGUUCAGCCCAGCCGACCCACCCAACGGGCUGGCUGAUGGGUCCCAAGAUGUUUUCCAGCCUUGACAGAAGCCCUGACAGGAGCCACGAAGCUUGGGACAGGGCAAAGGCAUGGAGACGGGAGCGUCAAGCACGGGGCGACAUGAGCUUGAACGCGGUGAGGCCGUCUGGGCUUUGUCCUGUGCCUGGUGCCUGGAGACGGAGACGGGAUGGAACCGAGGCCAAGAGGCUCAAGUCGACGAUGGCCUCGUCGACUAUAAGUAGAGCGGCAUCCCGCCCUCCAAUGCUGUGUAGUUUCUUUCCUCCCCAUCCCACUCGGAACACAGUCUCUUUCUGUACCUUCAUUUCAUUCCCGUCUUUCCUUCCAGUCUCUCUUUCGUCAUCUCAUUGACUUCAGUCUCGUCUCUUCAACUCCUCAGUCUCUUCAACUCUUUUUACAGGCAACCAACCACCAAAACAACAGCCACCACCGCAAACAUGCAGUUCAAGAACAUCUUUGUUCUCGCCCUCCCCGUUGCCGUCCUGGCCGCGCCCAUUGUGGCCCCGGCUGCCGACAACGUGGCGGAGCUCGUCGUCCGCGACGUGGCUGCCGCCGAGCACCAGCUCGGCGCGCGCCAGGACAUCAAGCAGGAACUGAUCGCCAUCGUGAUCUCGGCCGCCAAGGACAUCGUCAGGGACGUGGCGACGGCCGUCGCGGCCGAGGGCGUCAAGAAGGCCGGCCAGGCCAUCAAGGCGCUCAAGAACUGGACCCCGGCCCGCGAGGCCUUCACCAAGGCCACGUCGGCCGAGAUGUGGGCCAAGAACCCCGACCCCACCAAGUACGCGGCCGCCAUCUGCUACAACAUGGGCUACUCCAUCACCGACCCUGCCGGCGUCGAGGGCUUGGUCAAGGCUCAGCUCAAGAGCGGCCUGCUCAAGACCGACUACGACUGCUUCUUCAUGACCGCCGGCAACACCAUGAACCUGAAGGGCGACGGCGGCUUCAUCAACCUGUCCUUCAACGCCGACAAGCGCUGCACCUACGACAAGAACACCAAGGUCAUCCGCUGCUAAGCGUAUCGCCUUCUCCAGGUGUGGGGUAUUUGGGGAGAUUUUCAAUUCUUUGGGGCGCUUUUUAGAUGGUGGUUUGGUGGCUCUUCUGUUCAGCACCUGGUGUUGAGCCGUUGACGGUGCCUGUAAAGUGUACAUAUUAGAGUAUAGAGCCUGACCCGGAGACGCGGCUGCAGUCUUUGGCGAUGCAAAUCCAACUUUUGUCUUUAACUUGCGC